UUGAAAGCAACAGUUCUACCAAAUUGAAUCAAUUACAAGUAAUUAUUUCGGAAAUUCAACAAAACAGCGUGAAAUCAGCUAAAAUUUUGAAAAAAGUAUCAAAAAGUGAAGAAUGGGUUCAAAAAAAUUGAUCGUCAUCGUCAUUGGAAUUGCUGCUUUGGCAAUGCAAUCAACUCAUUCGGCCCCCACUAACGAUUGUUUUUGCACUCGUGAAUACGUCCCAAUUUGUGGAUCCGACAACGCUACCUACUCCAAUUUGUGCCUAUUCAAAUGUGAAAAAGAACACACACAUGAUUUACAAAUCAAAUUCUACGGCGAAUGCGAUGAAAAAGCUGAUGAUCUUCCGGUCGACGAGCUAUGUAUCUGCACCGAAGAAUAUACUCCAGUCUGCGCUAGUAAUGAUCAAACCUACCUGAAUGAAUGUUUGUUGAACUGUGAAAAACGCAAGAAGAUCGACUUAACUCGCAAAUAUGUUGGUGAAUGCGGUAAGCCAAUCGAAAUCGCUGAAGGAAUCGACGAUGAAGUACACAUUUUGCCAAUCGUUGAAGAAGACUGCUUCUGUACCUUAGAAUACUUUCCAGUUUGCGGAACUGACAACAAAAAUUACGCAAACAGAUGCUUCUUGGGCUGCGAACAACGAAAGAAAGCUGAUUUGACAAUGGCUCACGUUGGACCAUGCGACCAAUUGAUGUAGAUUAUAGUUACUGAAGAGUCAGCUUUUGAAAUAUUUUAAGCAAACAUCUAUUGUAAAUUGAUUUAUUUGUUGAAAUUCAACCGUUGGGUGAAAAGGCUGUGAAUAAAAUUUAAUU